GAGUCGCACUUAUCGCGAUAUCAAGUACAACGAUUGUACGUAAUUGUUUACAAUCAUCCGAGUCAGGUACAGUAUAACUGGUCGAUGACUUGAAUUAAUUGCAACAACAAUAAUCGUUUAAACCGUACGAAUCGGUCACUGCGUACCGUUACAUUCACGUGCAAUACUGAAUUAAUUUAGUGUUCAAAUAUUUUUGAUUGAAACUAUUAUAAAAUCAAGUACAUUUAAAAAUAUAAAUAUGUGGAUUUGUUAUAUUUUGUAUACCUUGAUUAGCAUAGUUAAUGUAUAUAGUAUAUCUACAUUUACAACAGUAACAGCUAGCAAAACAGACAAUGCUGUAUUCAUAUACCCAGGACAAGCGAAAAGUGAACGAGAUUUAGGUAUAUGUGAACAGAAUAACGUAUGCAAUAUUGUACACCUAAGGUUUUGGUUUCCAAAUCAAAUUGAACGUAUAUGUAAAUGUCCAAAUCGUGAAGAAUGUCCGUGGAAGUGGAGCACAAAUGAUAAUCAAACAAUGCCUUUAGACAACCGUUCACAAUUGAAGUUUUGCAAACCAAUAAAUGAAUUACCUGAUUGCACAAUGAAAUCUAAUGAAUCAAUAACAAUAAUAAAGAACAAAGAAGACAAUAAUGUUCAAAUUAAAGCACAGGUUCACUGUAAUUGCCCACAUCACACAAAUUGGGUAUUAUCAAAACAUGAACAAAAUGACCAUCACAACGGAACUACUGAUAUAAGUUAUAUUAAAGAUCUAUUCAAAUGUAAAAAGUUAAAGGAUUGCAAUACAGGAGAAUUUUGUGGAUUUAUAAGAAGUGACUUUUAUUCAACAUAUACUAAAUGUACUUGUCCAUAUGGUCAUUUAUGUUUACACAAAGAUAGACAAGAGAAUACAGCAUAUGAAAUGUUUUUUCACGGAACAUCAUACAAAGCAGAGUGCACUCUCUUAAAUACUAAAUCAAAUGAAGUCUGAAAGAAAUGUAUAUUAGGCUUAAAUCAGAUACUUAAUUACUGCAAUACUUAAUGAGACUUAACAUGUAGACUAAUUAUUACUGAAAAGAGAAAUCAAAUAAUCCGAAUUUAAAAAAGAAAAAAAAUGUUUAUAAUUUUUUA